AUGCGGUCACCAUCUGUAAAACCGUCGGCCUAUCCGGCCCUCCCAUUCCAUCUCAUUCGCGCCCUCGGAUUCCUCUCUUCCCUCAUCGUCGCCAUCAUCCUGGCCGUCUUCAUCUACCACCUCGCAAAGGACAGCCACAAACUCCCCUGGGCGUUCCUCAUUGUAAGCAUUUCCGCAAAACCAAAAUGCAAUUUCAGCCAUACUGACCUCCUCUCCGCUCCUCAUCACCUCCCCAUCACCCACUGCACCUCCGGGCUCUCGCCGCGCCUCUCCCUCGUCUGCAACUCCAUCCUCUUCAUCCUCUGGCUGAUCUCCCUCGGCCUCCUCAGCUGGAGCAUGGCAAACACCAUCACCACCACCUGCAACGCCACCUACUGGGCCACCGCCACCGGCAUCGCCGUCUGCCGCAUCUACAAGGUCCUCUUCUCCUUCACCGUGGUCGGCGCCGCCGCCCACGUCGCCGCCAUCGCCCUCGACGUCAUCGUCCACAAGCGCCAGACCCGCCUGGGCCGCUACGACCCCAUGUCCAGCAACGCAGCCCUGCCCGACUACAAGACCCACGACCGCUCCAGCAGCAUCAUGUCCGGUGCCGUUCCCGCCGAAAAUGCGUACAUGAUGGCCGACCAUCCGCACGCGAUCCACCCCGGCGCCCGUCCUGAGGACUACGACGACGAUGCCCGCUCCCCGCUGUACCCCCAUGCUGCGGCGCCGUCCCACCAGCGCCACCCCUCCCAACAGGAUUUCUACGAUAUUCCGGACCCCGCGGAGCGGCAGUCGAGAUAUGCCCCGCCGAGCUAUGAGAGUGCCGCCCCGCUGGAGCAGCACCAUGCUGGUGAGGCCCAGCACUACUACGGGGAUGUGUCGCCGGUGCGCAGUGAGAGGGAUGGGCCGCGUGUGCGGUUCAGCGGGUACGGCCAUCCGGGUGAGGAUACCCGGUAUGAUCCUGGAGCGUAUCGGUGA